AUGGAUCCUGAACCAACAACAUGUCGGAUUCGAGUCAGAUGGGGGAGCGGUGAUGUUCCCCAUGUACACGCCAUACGAAGCUUGAAAGAUAUCAAAGAUUUACCCGAUAUGACAAAAGAAUUGCAACAACGAUGGGCUGAAGAGAUCGUGAGGUUAUUCUUAUCAAACCCCGGUCCAAUUGCGGCCAUCAGACCCUGGGAUAUCCUUCUGCACCAACAUGGUUCCGUCGUGGCAUUGUCGUCAGAAAAGGGAGGUCGGAGCUUCUACCCCUCUCGUUUCCGGAUCCCUCCUCACAACGUCCUCGGGCUUGACGAGGGAGAGAGGGUGACGCGAGCGGAGAGGUUUGCAUUAGGUACUCUGCUCUACGAGGUCAUGACAGCAAAAGAACCCUUCGAGGAGCUGAGCGAGGAGGAGGUGCAGGACCAUUACCGUCAUGGCAUUUUCCCAGAUGACGUCUUCUACAUGGCGAUGGGGCCUUAUAUCCUUGGGUGCUGGAGUCUGGAAUUCGAGAAAGAGAUGGAGAGACUCCUCGCUGAAUCCGGCCAAGUACCAAUUGGUGGUCGAUUUCGUGCGUACGCCAAAGCUCAUCCCUUCCUUCUUGCCUCCCAGGUCGUAGGUGGAGUCGCUAUGACAGCUUCAGUCAUUGCACUCCCUGCCCUGGGACUAGCUGGGUUUGCAGCAACUGGUCCUGUUGCUGGUACAGCGGUGACCGCUUGGCAAUCGUCCAUCGGAAUUGCACAAGCCGGUAGCUUAUUUGCGUGGUGUCAAAGCGCGGCCAUGGGGGGCGGAGCAGCUGUUAAUGGGAUCAUUGCCUGUGGCGCGGUAGGUGGAGGUGUAGCAUUGGCAGCCACGGGUGGAGCGAUCGCAGGUGGGCAAACGGUGUUGACGCCGGAGAAGAUGAAGGAGAUGUUUCUGAUGGCGUACCGCAAGGAAAACAGCGGACUCAAGCCUAUUGAGGCCGCGGACGAGUCGACAAGCUAG